AUGAAGGGAAUUAAUUUAAAUAAUUACAAAACGGCUAAAAAAUAUUUUGAAAUUGCUUUGAGAAAGGCGCCGACAAAUGGGGCUAUUGGAUUUAAACAGGAAGUUAAUAAGUGGAUGGUUCUUGUAAUGCUUCUAAUUGGUGAAAUACCCGAAAGAAGUCUUUUUCGUGCGAAAGAAUUUGAAAAAGUUUUGCUUCCUUAUAUGCGCUUGACUAAAGGUUUUUUUCUCAUUAAAAAUUUUCUAAUUUUUUUUCAAGUCGUAAAAUUGGGAGAUGUUGAAGGCUACAAAAAAGUAAAAGAAGAAUUCGAUAUUGAAUUUACUGAACAUAAAACGAUGACUUUAGUUGGACGUAUUCAUCAAAGUGUUAUUCGAACAGCAAUUAGGCAGAUUGCUUUGACUUAUUCUCGUAUUUUUAUUUCUGAUAUGGCUACUAAAUUACAGUCUCCAACAGUUGAGGAUGCUCAUGAUACAGUUAUGAAAGUUUUUAAAGAAGGAAUUCUUCGUGGUAUGGUUGUUACAAACGAUCCAGAAUUUAAAAAUCAGCCAUAUGUCAAAUUUGGCGAGGCGGAUGAUCAAUAUAGAGGAACUGAGCCACAAAUAGAAUUUGACAAAAGAAUUAAGGAAUUGUUGGAUUUACAUAGCCAUGCAGUUAAGGCUUUGCGUUAUCCUGAUAAUGCUAAUCCAGAGGUUGAAACUAUUGAGGAACAGCGUAAACGCGAGCAAGAGGCACUUGAAGCUGCAGCGGAUGAAGAAGAUGACGACAUGAUUGGAUAA